AUGAAUUGGCUUGUGUUUUGUAUCAACAUUGGAAUCUCUCUAUCAUACGUGGCUGUGCUUUAUAUUACAUCGAAAGGCAUUGAGAACUACCCAGCCCGCCGCGAUGACCCUAGAGUAAUUAAGAGAAGAUUAAAGAAUGUACUUAUGGUAUCGAUCCUCAAUACUGCCAUAGUACCUCUUCUUCAUUCAAUUAUUGUACCUCAAUUGAGUUAUAAGGAAGCAUUUUUGAAUAUCGGUAUUAUUCCAGGCUAUCAUCAGCAUGGUUCCAGCCAGAUUAAGCUAUAUAUUGGAACAAUACUGAAGAAUCUAUGCCUUGUGAUGCUAUUAUAUAUUGGCCCCUUGACCGACAUGGUUUUAUACUACAUUUCAAACAAGGAAUCCUCCAUUUUAAGUGCAUUUAGGGAGGAAUUUAUGAACAUAUGGGGACUGAGAAAUUACAUAUUUGCACCAAUAACUGAGGAACUGUUUUACACAUCGCUAUUAUUAAACACCUAUCUAACUUUGGAGCCCCGCAAACCAAAAUUAACCACAUUACUCUGGCAACCGUCCCUAUUCUUCAGCAUCGCACAUAUCCAUCACGCUUACGAGGCCACAUUAGUUGGAAACUUCAGUACCACAUCAAUUAUAAUAAAUACCUUGUUCCAGAUGGCAUACACUGGUAUAUUUGGUGCAUUUACAAACUUCGUUUUCUUGAGAACAGGCGGUAAUCUAUGGAGUUGUAUAUUAUUGCACUCGUUCUGCAAUGUGAUGGGCUUCCCCAGCGGAUCAGAACUGUAUGAGUACUUUACCGUCAUUAAAACCCCCAAAUCACUAAAACUACAACAUCUACUAAGCAUAUGGAAUAAAGUAUAUUAUAUAUUGUUAUUCAUGGGAAUACUAUUCUUCAAGGACGGACUAUGGAGACUCACCAGCUGUCCAGAACAUAAUCUAAUUCAUUAG